AGCGCGGAAGGGAAGACAGAGCAGUAUUUUCUGUCGCUUCUAGCCGUUCUCCCUCACUCAUACUACUGGACUUGUGAAUUCUGGACUUAGUGACUGAACUAUCUUCGCAUAUCAAAACUUUGAAUUCGGAAACGUUCGCAACUACAAUUACACGUGUUUUACAAUACCCAUUGGAUAAAGAAAAUGUAAUAAUCGCGCUGGGAACGAAUUGUGGCUGGAUUUCGCGAGGACCGUCGCUUUUAUAUUCCCCGAAUCUAAAUUGGAUUAAAGUGAUCUCUACAGGAAAUCAAAUAUUAUAUAUUUCUCCUACAAUCUUUUUAAAAAGAAUGUGAUCGUUGACAAAUACCACCGAAAUCUAAAUUAAAAAAUAAAAGAAAUCACGCAUCAAAAUCAAAAUAGCAUCGCCAUAUCUUAAAGAAUCCGCUAACCAAAGAGAGAGAGAAAUUCAAAAAUUUUAUAAAAUCAAAAAAACAAAAACAAACCAGAGAGAUAAUCAAAAGCCUCCCUUCCUCCUCCUCCUCGUCCUCCUUCCCCACCUCACACUCAAAAACAAACAAAAACAAAAAAUAAAAGUUAGCAAAAGAGACCAACACCCUCCCUCACACAUCCCCCCAUCAAAAAAAAAAAAAAAAAAAAAAAAAAAAUUAGCAUUCCCGAACCAAACUCCCUCUUCCUCCCUCCUUCCUCCUUCCUCCUUCCUCCUUCCCGCCCGUCGCCUCUGGGAUUCCCGAAGGAGACUAAGCGUGGAUAAAAAUCAUGGAUUACCGACCGACAGAAGGAGUUUAAGGAAGCGAGCAUGACACACGCGGAUUGGAGCAAGUCCGACCUAAUCGAGAGAUUAAGUGAGACCUGAAUCAAAUUUGGCGAGAGAGCGAGUUUCAGCAGCGAUGGCAGAGCAGAAAGGGUCAUCACGGACUCCCUUGUGGGCGUGGGUGGUCUUAUGGGCGCUCAUCCCCCCAUCGGUGUGCGGAGGGGGUAUUAAAGGAGAACCACGCGUGACGGAGCGAUGGGAGGCGAGGAAAGUAGUAAGACAAGGCGAUGUAGUUAAGCUCCCCUGCCCCAUCACAGCUAAUCCGGCGCCCUUCUACGAGUGGUUUAAGGACCGCGAGGAAGUCCGGGCGAGUUGGCAACGCUACAACACCAAGAAUCACAUCUUACGGAUCAAAACGGCGAAAGUGGAGGACUCAGGAACCUACACCUGUUUGGGAGUGAACGGCUUCGGGCAGGUGAACGUGUCGAUGCACCUCAUUGUCUUAGGGUCAGACGAGCCGCCGGGGAACGUGCAGGUGCCCAUUCUGACGGAGGUCGAUCCUAAAGGCAGCAUCCAGAGGCGCCAGGGGGAGUCUGUGACCCUCACCUGCCGUGCCAAGGGACUGCCCACGCCGACUGUCACGUGGCAUAAGGAUGGACUCGACCUGGGCAAAAUCGGGCAGCAGAUCAGCUUCAACAGUCUCCUGCCCACCGACUCCGGCCUCUACACGUGCAAGGCCAUCUCGGCGCUCGGGGAAACGUCGGCGAAUUUCUCCAUACAUGUUGGAGAACCCAAAGAAGAACAGGAGUUGGAGAUCAGCGAUGCGGUCAAUACAACCGUUGUGGAGGGAGGGAGUACAGCUCUUCAGUGUACUGUCCGCACGUCGCAUCAGCCUACGAUACUGUGGCUGAAGGAGAUCCCCCCCGACACCGUGGCCGCCAACGCCAGCGGGGUCUCGGCCGACAAGAGCCACCACGUGUACCAGCUGGGCGAGCGGCCCUUCAAGCGGGUGGAGGGAGCGGGCGCCGUAGUGGCCAAGGGCGACCGUAUCUACCUCUCCAAGAUGACCAUCAGCAACGCCACGCCUAGCCACGCCGGCGUCUACGCGUGCCUCGGCCUCAACACGCUCGGCUACUCGUACAAGGAGGCCCACCUCACUGUGCUGAGUAAGGAGGCCGGUAGGUCAGGCGUACAGACUCCCCCCGUGGGCUCGAAGGACAGGAACGUAAACUGGCUUUUCUUCAUCAUCCCUGCCAUAGUCAUUAUAGUUGUGGUCGUGGCUGUCAUCGUGUGCCAGCUAAGGAAAGCCGCCCCCGACAAGCCCGUGGGAGGGACGCCGCCCACGCCCGUGCUGAAAGGCGACGACCCCUCUGCCUUGGCGCCCCUCAAUCCUGAUACCCACGGCCACAGCCUGACAUCACGCCCACCUGACCUCGUUUACCAGGAGGUCAGCGGCUACGCCCCGAGCAGCCUGCGCGGCGCCCCCCACGGCUCCCACUACGGCGAGCAGUACCCGAGUCCUUAUCCGGAGUCGUACGUGGAUCCGGCUUAUUCGGACCCUUACUCGGGCGACCGGGGACCGACUCGGGCUUCGGAUCACAGCUACGCCCGACUUACCCACCCCUCCCACCCCUCCCACCCGUCCCUCGCCUCCCACAAUUCCCACAACUCCCACGCCUCCUCCAGCCCGCAUCUCCCUCCGCCAUACGCCCACGCCCAUCCCCACGCCCAUACUCACUCGCAUGCCCACACGCAUAGACAUCCGCAGUAUUUCGUUCAUUAUAAUUUAUAAAGUGAUUUUCGGAAGUUUUUUUCAAGAUUUUUUUAAAGAUUUUUUUGAGAUUUUUGGAUUUUUUUUCGGUUUCUUUUUUUCUUUUCUUUUUUUUUUUUUUUUGGUCCUAUGGAUCAGAAAGGAGAAUGCUUUUCUUCGUAAUGUGUAUAUAGAAAGGAUAUUGGGAUAAUCCAAGAUGGCGGAUUUUGUGCGUGUGUAUGUGUGCGUGUGCGUGUGUGUGUGUGCGUGCGUGUGUGCGUGUGUGUUUGUAAAUAUCAAAUCACCCUUUGGGCAUUGGCGAGGGGGGGGUAGGGGGUAAAAGGACAGAUAAUUGUCUAUUUGGUAAAUAGUUUUGAAAAAAAACACGACUUUUUAAGUGUUAAUGAAAAAAAAGUUGGUUUGCUGUGAGAAAUAAGAAAGGAAAAAGGUAUUUAAAUAUCUCCUCGCUCUCUCUCUCUCUCUCUCUCUCUCUCUCUCUCUCUCUCUCUCUCUCUCUCUCUCUCUCUCUCUCUCUCUCUCUCUCUCAUCCGUCAUUCAUCUUGAUAA